CAAUAAUUACAAUUAUUUUUUUAAAAUAUGUAAUAGUAUAUGGAAGAGGCAUCCAAAGUCAUUCCUAAAAAUCUCACUACUUAUUUUAACACAGUUGUAGGUGCUCUCAACAUUUUCUAAACUAUGGCUAACAAGUUUUACCCUGAAUAUAUGGAGGUGUAAAAUGCAAAGAAUUUUUAAAUAGAUGACCCAACAGCUUACUCAUCAAUAUAUUAAGGUGAUCCUUAAUUAGAAAAUAAUAAGAGAAAAUCUAGAAUUUUAAAGUAUGUGGAUUCAUAAUAUUAAACCAAUUUAGAACUGAGCAUUACAAACUUAUGGAUAAAUUUUUAGAAAAGUACAAUUUUGAUAAGCAAUUCAAUUCAUAAUUGAUAGGCCAACACUUUUUUAAUGAAGCUAUGGGUUGCUGUUAAAUUGAACUAUAAGCAAUUAUUAACGACACAUCUGGAAUAUUUUAUGAAUAGUCAGGAAUUCUGGAUAAGACAAAAUGGCUGAACCAAGCAAUUGAUGAAAUAUCACUUAUCCUGUUAGAAUAUUUCAAAGGAUAAUUCUAAAAGGAAUAGAUUUUAGAUGAAUAUAUUGUUUCAUUUGCUGAGAUAUAAAAUAAAGUUUAUUAAAAAGUAAAUAAAAGAGCAAAGGCAACGUAAAAAGAGACUUAUAUCAAGUUGAUACAAAAAAUAAGUUAGUAUUUUAAAGAAUUGCAUGAUGUAGAUCUUUAACUUCAAACCAUAUGUAGUUAAAUUAGAUCUCAAAAUAUUUCAAUUUUAGAUGCUAAAAAAUUAAUAGAAAGUUAAUACUAAAUUUAAAUGGCUUGUUUUUAAGAACACAUUUAGCAGAACUAUGGGUAUAAUUUAACAAAUGCAAUUAUGUAUAAAAUUAUGCAUUAUUUAGAUAUAAAUAUUGUUAAAAGUUAAGAAGAAAUUAUGUCUCAACUGUAUAAGACAGUUUUGCUCCUUAUCUAAAUUUCAAUUAGGAAGAAAGGCAGAAAGAAUAUUAAUCUUUAAUAGAGCUUAAUUUCUUAAAAUAUUUUCAUAAUAGUUAAUUUAUUCAAGGCAUUACUGAAUAAAAUCUCAAUUCAAAUUUAUAAUACAUAAUAUACUCUAUUGAUUGGAUUUAAUCCAGUGAUGAAGCUGAUGAAGCAUUGAAACUUUUGGAUACUUUAUCAAAUUUUAAUCUUAAUGUGAGUUAAUCACAGAGUCAAAUAUUUUGCAAUCAGCAAUUCUCAGUUAAUGUCCUUGCAAAUUUCAAAAACCAUAAUAAAUAAAGAUGUGAAAAGGCAUUAUAAUGGUGGGAUAAUGAAGUUGAUGAAGAUACAAAUAUACAAGUCAUUUGUUAAAUAUAUAUAAUUCUAGCAGGUAUAAGAAUCAGGGAUAAUAAAUUAAUAUUUGGUGACUAUGAACCUGCCAAAAGAAAUGCCUUCUCCCUCAUAUUAAGAUAAUUAAACAAUGGAAAAUAUCAAUAUUUUAAUAAUAUUUUGAUGAAAUUAUGCGAAAAAGUGACUGACAAAAUCUAAUUCCAAAUACUAAAUGAAAUAGAACAUAGAUUAGAAAAUAACAGGUCGGAUUAAUUAGAUGCUGUGAUGUAACUGCCUUUCUCGAUUGAUUUGUAUGGUACAUAAAUUAAUGUUUCUCUAUUUGGUCAAGGUUAAAAUUAAACCUAAAUUAAUUUUGAAUUUUACAAAAAAUAUGAAUACUUAAAAUUGAUUGUUUCAGGGAAAAAGGGAGAUAAUGCAAAAACAUAGAAGGAAAUUCAAUAUUCCGUAAUUUAAAGUCAUUUUGAGGAAAUCAAAACAAAAAUAAUGGACAGCCAAAAUAAAAAAAAGAAUAAAUCCGAUGAAUCUCAGGCCUUCAUGACACCUCCAUCUCAAAUGUACUUUCAAUUACUUUCAAAGAAAGAAAACAACUCGAAUGUUAUAACACUAUGUAUCUCUGGGUUCUUGAGUGGAGAUGAGGAUAAAUCUUCUUAAUGGGUUGAUUUAUUGCAUUCCUGUUCUGGUACAGUAAUUGGAUUACAUUGGAAUUGCAGUGAAACGAAAGAAAUCUUAUCUUCUGUUACAUCACAUCUGGCUUAAAACAUUUUGCCUCAAUUAAUUACGAAAAUAAAUGCUGUUGGUGUAGCAUUGGGUGCAGUAUCAUUGCUUACUUAAAAUCCUUAUGAGAGGGCUAGCAAGGAAGCUGAAAGAGUUGGGAAAUAUUUGGCAUAUUUAAUUGCUGAAUACAAACUAUUUGGAAAUAGAUAAAUUAAUAUAAUUUGUCAUUCAUUAGGUAGUGUGAUUGUUUUAGAAUGCAUAAAAGAAUUAGAUAAGCUAUAUGAAAAAAAAAAAUAAUAAUUUAUUAAUGAAAUAAUGAUAAUGGGAGGAGUGGCUGAUGUUUUCAAGUUAUAAAAGAGAAGAUGGAAUGCAGUGGCUGGAAGAAUUUAUAACACUUAUUCAAAAAAGGAUUAGAUCUUGAAAUAUGUGUUAACAGUCGCAAAGAUCUUUGACUCUCCUUGUGGUAUUUAUAUAGAUUUAACAUAAUUUUAGGAUUAAAGCCUAUUUAUUUAGGAUAUAAGUAAGUAGUAAACUGCGAUUUCACCUAAAUAGUUAAUGGACACUCUGAUUACUGGAAUAAGAUGAUAAAAUUACUAAUGCAUUCUGAUUUUAACAAUGACUUUAAGUUCAUGACUAGCUCAAUAAAGGAAAUAUUUUGAAUAAUAU